GUGCGGUGCGGGGGCGGAACUUCCGGCUGCCGUAGGUUCGGCGGGCGGCAGCGUGAGUCGGGGCUGCGGGGCGGCCACGCAACUUCCGCCGCCUCCUCAGGAGACGGGAGCGGCCCAGAGGAGCUGCGGCCUAACGGGACCGGGAGCCGCUCUGCUCCCUCACAGCUCAGCCCCACCGGGCCCAGCUCAGCCCAGCGGAGGAGCCCGCAGCCCCGAGUGGCUGCACCCAGCUCCAUGAAUGGAAAUCAGCAGCGCAGGACCCGUCGGGGCACAGCCCCUGCUCAUGGUGCCCAGACGGCCUGGCUAUGGCACCAUGGGCAAACCCAUUAAACUGCUGGCCAACUGCUUCCAAGUUGAAAUCCCAAAGAUUGAUGUCUACCUCUAUGAGGUGGAUAUCAAACCAGAUAAGUGUCCUCGGAGGGUGAACAGGGAGGUGGUGGACUCAAUGGUGCAGCAUUUUAAAGUGACAAUAUUUGGGGACCGUCGACCAGUUUAUGAUGGGAAAAGAAGCCUUUAUACAGCCAACCCACUUCCCGUGGCCACUACUGGGGUGGAUUUGGAUGUGACAUUACCAGGAGAAGGUGGAAAAGAUCGUCCCUUCAAAGUGUCAAUAAAGUUUGUUUCUCGGGUGAGCUGGCACUUGCUGCAUGAAGUUUUGACAGGAAGAACCUUGCCUGAGCCUCUGGAACUAGACAAACCUAUCAGCACUAACCCUGUUCAUGCUGUCGAUGUGGUGCUACGACACCUGCCCUCCAUGAAGUACACCCCUGUGGGCCGCUCCUUCUUCUCAGCUCCAGAAGGCUACGAUCACCCCCUGGGGGGGGGCAGGGAGGUCUGGUUUGGGUUCCAUCAGUCUGUCCGGCCUGCCAUGUGGAAGAUGAUGCUCAACAUCGAUGUUUCUGCCACUGCCUUCUACAAAGCACAACCUGUGAUUCAGUUUAUGUGUGAAGUUCUUGACAUUCAUAAUAUUGAUGAACAACCGAGACCUCUGACUGAUUCUCAUCGGGUAAAAUUCACCAAAGAGAUAAAGGGUCUGAAGGUAGAAGUGACUCAUUGUGGAACGAUGAGACGGAAAUACCGUGUUUGUAAUGUAACCAGGAGGCCUGCAAGUCAUCAAACCUUUCCUUUACAGUUAGAAAAUGGCCAGACUGUGGAGAGAACAGUAGCACAGUACUUCAGAGAGAAAUACAACCUCCAGCUGAAGUAUCCUCAUCUGCCUUGCCUGCAAGUGGGGCAGGAACAGAAACACACCUACCUGCCUUUAGAAGUAUGUAACAUUGUGGCUGGCCAACGGUGUAUCAAGAAGCUAACAGACAAUCAGACAUCAACUAUGAUAAAGGCCACAGCGAGGUCUGCUCCAGAUAGGCAAGAGGAAAUAAGCAGAUUGGUGAGAAGUGCAAAUUAUGAUGCGGAUCCAUUUGUUCAAGAGUUCCAAUUCAAAGUCCGGGAUGAGAUGGCCCAUGUAACAGGGCGUGUGCUGCCCGCACCGAUGCUGCAGUAUGGAGGACGGAACAGAACAGUGGCAACCCCAAGCCACGGAGUUUGGGACAUGAGAGGGAAGCAAUUCCACACUGGUGUUGAGAUCAAAAUGUGGGCUAUAGCUUGUUUUGCAACGCAGAGACAAUGCAGAGAAGAAAUACUGAAGGGUUUUACAGACCAGCUGCGUAAGAUCUCCAAGGACGCAGGGAUGCCGAUCCAAGGCCAGCCCUGCUUCUGUAAAUACGCCCAGGGUGCAGACAGUGUGGAGCCCAUGUUUCGGCACCUCAAGAACACCUAUUCAGGGCUUCAGCUCAUCAUUGUCAUCCUGCCAGGAAAAACACCAGUGUACGCGGAGGUGAAGCGUGUGGGAGACACGCUGUUGGGAAUGGCCACGCAGUGUGUGCAAGUCAAAAACGUCAUUAAAACAUCUCCACAGACCCUUUCAAACCUGUGCCUGAAGAUCAACGUUAAAUUAGGAGGAAUCAAUAACAUCCUUGUACCUCAUCAACGACCUUCUGUGUUCCAGCAGCCAGUGAUCUUUCUGGGAGCUGAUGUCACUCACCCUCCUGCUGGAGAUGGAAAAAAACCUUCCAUAGCUGCUGUUGUAGGUAGUAUGGAUGCUCAUCCCAGUCGAUACUGUGCCACCGUGAGAGUUCAACGGCCCCGCCAAGAGAUCAUCCAAGAUUUGGCUGCCAUGGUGAGGGAGCUUCUCAUCCAGUUCUACAAGUCAACACGCUUCAAGCCCACGCGUAUCAUCUUCUAUAGGGAUGGGGUCUCUGAAGGACAGUUCCGACAGGUUUUGUACUAUGAACUGCUAGCCAUUAGAGAAGCCUGCAUCAGUUUGGAGAAGGAUUACCAGCCUGGAAUAACCUAUAUUGUGGUGCAGAAACGACAUCAUACACGGUUGUUCUGUGCUGACAGAACAGAAAGGGUAACUGUUGUCCUGCUCAAGCUUGGUGUUGGACGAAGUGGCAAUAUCCCAGCUGGAACAACUGUAGAUACAGACAUUACACAUCCGUAUGAGUUUGAUUUUUACCUCUGCAGUCACGCUGGAAUACAGGGUACCAGCCGGCCCUCACACUAUCAUGUUCUGUGGGAUGAUAACUGUUUUACUGCAGAUGAACUUCAGCUGCUGACUUACCAGCUCUGCCACACAUACGUGCGCUGCACACGAUCAGUUUCUAUACCUGCACCAGCGUAUUAUGCUCACCUGGUAGCAUUCAGAGCACGAUACCAUCUUGUGGACAAAGAACAUGACAGUGCUGAAGGAAGCCACGUUUCAGGACAGAGCAAUGGCAGAGAUCCGCAGGCCCUGGCGAAGGCUGUACAGAUUCACCAAGACACCUUACGCACGAUGUACUUCGCUUAAGUCAAUAAAAGGGGAGCGAACUCGCUGACAGGAAGAACUGACAAAUUAAGCCACAUACAAUGUAUGUUUCCAGUGGGGUUGGUUUAUGGGGUGUGCCUCCGAUCGUGCAGGGCCGAGAGGCUGACCCUUAAAUUGACACAAGGAAGAUUGUUUACUUCACCGAGGAACACAGCACUAUUAUGCAAUAUGAAACCAGCCAACUGCUUUUGUGGCGCGGUCUCCUGUAGGAAGCACCGCCAUCAUUUUCCUUUUCUUUUUCAUUUCUCAUAGUUUAACCCUCUUAUGCCUUUACCUCAAGUUGCUCGGCAGCACAACUCUCUUUGCAAAAAAAACAACCAACAAAAUUAAUAAUGAUACUCUAAACAAAGAAAGGGUGGUGUGAUUGUAGAUAAGCAACCUGGAUCAGAACAGUCACAGUCAUUCUUGGGGAGAGAGAAAAGUGUGCAGAAACCCUUUUGUUUUUUCACCCAAUUGAGGAAUCUUUCUCUCAGUGUUGCCAUCAGCAUUCGAACAUAUCCGAGUACAUCUGAAUGUACAGCACUAAGUAGAAAGAAAUAGAGGGGAGGGAAGAUGUUUUGCACACUAAUCCAAUCAUUUGAACGUAGUUUAGCCAACCUGCUGCCUUUCUUCACAGCUUUGGAGUCCUCAGCUCCAACAAUUCCCUUUUAAGAAGCAAACAAAGCUAGUGGUGUUACUGCAGGCAGUGGUGAUCCCAACUCGCUCCCUGGCGACUUUACUAAAGCUGCUGUUUUAACCUAGUCCAAAAGUUUCAAUUCUUUUCUAUCUGGCAAGUCAAACAUCUUGAAGCUUCAUGUGAGGUUGAGCGUCCCGAGCUUGAUGGGAUGGCUACAGUAAACACCAGAACUGAAACUUUAGAGCUAAGGUCGUCUUUGACAAAAGCAAAACGCUCGUUUACUUGCUGCCUCUCACACCUUAAUGUGAUUUCACAUGUACGUGUUUUUUGAAGUUUAGCUUCCUUUGUUUCUUUUAUAUUUAUUAGAGUAAUAAUAAUGCUUUAAUUUAAUUAUUACAGAACGGAUGGUCAACACCGACUUUUUAUUUUUUAGAAGCGUAACCGUGUUUGUUUUUAAAAAAGAACUGACAACUUGUUUUUGCUAUCUUUUAGUGCAAUAAGCGAAAAGAAAACCGUGUCCAUUGAGCUGUAACCAGAGCAGUGUUUGUACCACUGGCUGUGGGGUGGGUGGGUGGGAAAUGGACACCUUCGAUUCUCAAAGGACGAAGUAAUUAAGCCUUAAUUUUGAAAGGAAAGUUUUUUAGUCAGAAGGAAUUUCCUGUUUUCCUUUUUUAAAUCAAAAUUAGCAAAAAAAAAUUAAUAGCUUUUGGAUCUCUGCAAAGCUUCACCUGCGGCGCUUUGGUUUAACAAAGGAACCAGCCUUAUUUUGGGCUUUGAGACGUGGAAGAGAUUUGAAGUAAACACAAAAAAAAAAGGAUUUUUUUUAUUAUUAAGAUCUGAGUUUUUAUGUGCUUAAUGAAACCUAUUUGACACGGAGAAAACAUCUGGGAGUUAUUACGAGUUUUUAGGCUAUUUUCCCUCUUUGAUAACGACUUUCCUUUUAAAAUUAAGUUGUUGGUAAGACUUCAUUUCACUUUGCAAAUAAAAAAGAGGGCUGGGAUAAAGUUCUACCUUUUGAAAUCACUGAAAUGUGAAUCAAACCAACGGGACUCUUUUCAUUCCACUUUAAAGGUAAAGCGAUAUUAAGAUGUCAGAGAUGAGCAUCGAUUCCAAGGGGGGGCUGGGAAGUUUUGCACUUUGUAAACUCGUGAACUGCAUUUUUUUGACUGUUUCUUUUGGGUUUUUUUGGUCUUUUAUUUGCACUGGUUCAUAGUAUAUUAUACUGCAGAUCGUUUCUAUGGGCAUUGCUGUUAUCCCAGCCCUUCUUGAACCCCCACCUGCUCUCCACAUGAAAACCAGAGGGUCGGUAAAGCAGCUUUCUCUCCCGGUGUUCUCACAGGAUGCUCUUUGCCAAUAUACUGUGUUUUGAGCCUAAAAUCUGAGCCCGUUUUUGCUUCAGCAGGCAUGACUUCUCCCCCAUCUUUUCUGCCAGAAGACAAAGUACUGUAUUUUGUGCAUCUGUAUAUUGUACUGAAAUGUAUGUAGUGCUGUUCGCAACGCUGUCUCAGAGAGCUCUGCUCAGCGGUUGGCGUGUAGGCAUGCUUUAUCUCCCAGUAAUAAGGAAGGUAAUGUAAAGACUAACCUUGCACCGUUGAACUGGAAAUAGUCCUGAGGGUGGGCAGCUCGUGUGGCUUAGAGGGAGGGGUAUUGGGGGAGUUGCGAGGUUAGGGUUAGCCCCAAGCCCCCCUUUCUCCUUGUAAUGUGCAGUGGGGUUAGGGUUAGCCCUGAGCCCCCCACCCUGUUGGGCUGCAGCUGCAGGAUGGCAGUUCUGUUAAUAGAAGGUUCAGGUUAGGCUUUGUACAGAAAGCUAAUGUUUAAAGAGAAGCCGAAUUAUUAUUAUUAUUACUAUUUUUUUUCUUGAAAGAAAAGGAUUUUACCAAACCUUCUUGUGGGUUUCUGGCGUUAAGAUGAAAAUUCCUUUUUUAAAAGGUCUUUUAAUGCUCCUUUCAGAGACGCUGCGCCCUUCUCAUCCUGCCCACGCUCAGUGACUAUGACCCGAGAGGCUUUUCGCUUUCAACUCUCACCAAAAAACAAAAGAAGCUUCAAUGGGAAAAGGUGAUCUUAGAUGCUAGAUUGCUUGGACAACUGGUUUACCUGGUUUUCAUGUGAAGAGUACGUGGAGGUUUGAAUCUCUCUCCUUGGUUUUGCAAAUAUCUACGUAAAGUGCCGAUACUUCUUUGUAUUACAAUAUCAACUUACUGGCGUUGUGAGGGCCACACAUUUAUGAUGCUGUAGCUGCUAUAUUUAUUGAAAUGGAGAUGGACAAUUACUGCACUAAGGAAUGAGGAGAUAAGCAAGGAAUCAAGGUUAGUUAGAGAUCUUGUUUUUUUGUUCUUCGUUUUGUUUUCAAAAGAGAAUUAAUGGUGUGAAAUAUCAAGUGUAACAAAGGGUGCUGUCAUUUUAACUGAGAUUAAAUAGCCAGAUAUUCUUCCUUUGUUUAAAAACAUAUAUAUUUUGAUGUUUGCAGUUUGGGGGUGGGGGGGGAGGGGUCGGGAUAUAAAUGGUACCUCAUCUGUGGUGGCAGUUUCCGGUAUAUUUUCAGAGUAUAAUGGAUUUCUUUUAUUUUUGUACCUGCUCUCCUUUUAAAAAAGACAAAAAAAAAAAAGACAAAAAAAAAAAACAAAACCAAACAAGCUCAAAUGUUAUGUGCUGUGUGGGGAAAUCUCGAGUGGCUCACCAGGUCCCCCCCCCCUUCUUCUUUCUUGCAUGGGAGCUGCCUGUGGCCGAGGGCUGUGCUUCACCCUUUGCAGACAUGCAGCUCUCGUGCUGCCCAUCUGGGUGCGUGGCUCCCACCCUGCAGACGCUGUAUCAGUUCACCAAGACCUCGUUUGUACUUAAGUGCCACGUCCUGGUGGGAGCUGCAGUGCUGGUACUGUGCCAAAGCUGGGUUGGUGCUGAGCCCUGCAUUGAGCUGAGAGGGAGCGGAGCAUUGCACAGGGCAUUGCACAGGGCAUUGCUAGGAGGUGUGUGAACACUGCUGGCAAAGCAACUGACCCCAUGCAGGGGGCUUCCCCUGGUGGGUAUAGGGGGGUACACUUCAGCUGUGGCCGUAUUACUCAGGAUUGUUGUGUUACUGUUAAGUGUGUGAUUUGGUUACGGUGUCCAAAAGUUGUUUUCUGUAGGGGUUGGUUCUGGCAUCGUUCUGGAAGCUUGGCUGUAGAAAUGGUUUUUCUGGAGUAAGAAGAGUUUCUGAAAGCUGUCAGGCAAAUGAUUUCUAGAUGCCAUUGGUCCUAAACCAGUUUCACUUUGUAUACAGGUUUUUGUCCUUUAAAAUGCUCAGUGUGAGACACAAGAUACUCAUCUUCUGUACAAAUUCCAGCUACAAAUACUGGCUUUCUCCUACUCUGGAAGUUUGCUCUGGUGAAACUCCGAGCUCAGCCUGCCCUUCAAACAGCUUGAGGCCUUGUUCUUUCUCAAUAUUCCCUUUGUAUCUUGUCCUCUUCUAAUAUCCUCCCAGUUUUGUGAGUUGAGGGUUUAGGACCUUCCUCAGAGCACUUUUAUAACCCAGGAACCCAACGCUCUGCUGCCAUACCUUGCAGUUAUCCAUUCCAUUGUCAGAGCUGCUGUCCAAAUGGCCACCUCUGUCCCUUCAGUGCUGUGGAGUUUUGCAGCUGCUGCUUAUGGGUUGAUUGGAUCUGGUGGAAAUAACCCAUAGGGGGAUGUGAAAGGGAAGGAUCCCAGUCUCCCCUUUUCCUACCCGAAGAUGGUACUUCAUAUUGAUAUUGUUAGGACACCCAUUUUGCUUUGGCACUUGUUUAAGCAAGGCAUCACCGAGGUAACUGGCUCAUUGUUGUGACCCUGGAGCUGUAGUGGUUUAGAGCUUGAGCUCGUUGCUGCUUUCUGCUAGCAAAAGGUUCUGUGUUUUUCAAUAGCUGAGUUGCAAACAUGGGGCAGAGCCUCAGGAAGCCUCAUUUAACACUAAAACAAAGGUGUUGGUCCCUCAGCAGGCAGAGGUGUGUGCAGAGGGAUUGGGCUGCAGGGAGAGCAUUGAAGCAUCAGCACUGCAGUAAUGUGUCCUGCCUGCCCUGGCCUUGCCCAUCUGUGUCCGAGGUCCCCCCUCACCUAACACGGGUAGUUCCCAUAGGGUCCUUCAACAACAAAGUGGUUCUGUUUAAAAUUCGAAGGGAAUAUUUCUUAUUAAGCAAGACAGUCCUCAGAAAGUGCCUUUUUUUAGAAGACGGUGCUGUGUAGAUUCUAUUUUCCAGUUGUACGUGGCUGAACAUUUAGGAUAAAUAACUGAAAAUGCCAAGUGGUUGGUGGUACCUUUAGGUGCUUUCAGGCAUCAGUUCUCUGGGUCAGGACCAAGCAGAACCAGGAUGGUGGUUUCCUUUGGAGGGAAAAGCAUUGGGAAGCGAUUGCCAAGAGAAGAGGUUAAACAGAACAGCUCAGCAGACAGGCUGAUGUUAACGGGUACUGUGGUUUUUAAGUCAUUCAACCCCAUCAUCUGUGUUCUCUGAAUCCCAAAGCAGCCUUUCCUGGUUCAAGACAGACAGGUUCAGUAGGUCAGACAACAGAGCUGUGGGGUUCUGUGACCCCUUUACUAAACACAGAUGCUCCAGUGGAUUUCUGGCUGCAGUCAUUGGGUGGUUGGUACAGAAGAUACUGAUAGAGCUCCCAUGUUACCUUCAGCGUCCUGGGCUGCUUGGGUCAGACUUGAACUCAUUGAGAGCAAGCAUGUGCCUUUUUCUGAUCCGAGACAGAAGCUUUUAGUGCUGGCAGUUUGCACUGGUCGAUAGUGGGGUCAGAGUGUUGCUUGAACUGCUUUUAAGGCUUGAAGCCCUUGAUCAGAGUGGAGCUGGUUUUGUGUUGAGUUACUUAAAAGGAGCCCUGAAUUAUUUGUGAAUGUCACUACCCCGAGAUGAGAAGCUUUUAAAGCAAAUGGUUACUGGAGAGUAAUGUCAGACAAACGUACUGCCUGGUAGACCUGUGGCUUUAUGAAAUAAAACUUAACUCUGAUAUGUUUCUCCAUAGAGAGCCAUUAAUUCUGCCUUCAUUUGAAUGUUGCCUGUCCCGGCUGCUGACUGUAAGGACACGAGGAAUGUUGUUGGCAGAGGUUGGGAAGUGGGAAUGUGGUGCUGAGGACUGAACAUCACUGAUGAUCACUCUCUAAAGAGCAGCUUGCCUGCAGCUGAGGUGGUGAUAUAUGCACAGUGCUGUGGUGUCUGGGAUAGGAGGGAUCAGCAAAGCAGUAAUGGGGAGAAAUGAGCCUCUCCUUUCACACCCAGGUAUGAGCAGUGAAGGCUGCCGGGUGCCUUAGGUGCUGGUUCAGGCUCCAGGCUGCGUGGGGUGGUUAUAGAGAAUAACAGAAGAGCUUUUCAGGUUGUUCUCUGCAGUGUUGGGGUACCAUAGGGUCAUCCAGCCAGCAGCUCUGGCAUCGGUGCUGGCUCUCAGAUGGGUUCCCUCCCUGAAUUGCUUUUGCUUCAGCUUUCAGCCCUAUCUAGUACACAGGACGACGUGCGUUGCCUUACGAGAGCCAGCUGCUGUGUGUUCUGAGGAUCAGCCGCGCUCUAAGUGCUGAAUUCCUGGUCCAAACCUUCUUGCCAGUUGCUCUUUGGAGUCUGUCCAUCCCACACAGCCUGUGCCCUCUGCUUUAUCUCAGCACAGCCGUCCCGAGGAGCUCCUUGGGCUCAGUCCCUGCUGCUUUCUGUGGUCUUUCGUUGCAAAAUAGAGGAUGAGUUGAUUCAAAUUAAAGGUUUUCUUUACGUCGCUGAGAAUCUCCGAGGUCUCCCAAACCCAUUUAGCAGUUGAGAAAUGAAAACCUACCGUAACAAUCUCCAACAGCACCAAAAUGUGAUCGUCGUGAGAUUAUCUUACCUGAAUCGUGGGUCCACAACCAAUUCUGAUCCCAUUGUGCGACAGGCAUUAAAACAAUUUGCUAAUCACCUUUCAUAGUGCUAACACUUGCAUAUCUCUUCAGUGCAUCCAGAAGGGUUAUUUGGGCAUCUCACAGUGCUCUGCUCUGUUGGCCAAGUGAUACCCAGUGGGGCAGUGCUACAGCUGAGGAACCUUUGGUGUUUGGAGCCAUUUGGAGCCAUUCCUUUGGAUUUUAUAUUUGAUUUCUGCUCCUCUCAGCCAUCAAUCUGUCGAGUCUCACCUUGAGAAAACCCCACGUUGUUUCCUUGUAGCUAAACCUGCUUCUAUGCAGUUGCAUUUUCUUGUUGUCUGUUCCACAGUUGAUCCUGCACAGCAGCACUGACAGGAUGGGUGCUCAGUGAUGUCCCAGCUGUGCUGCCAUGAGCAUCACGGUGCAGCUCUCCUGUCUGUGCUGCUUGUGAGCACUCAGGCUUCCCCAGGUGCAUUAAAUCGAUGGAGAAAUGGCACUGAUGCUUGUUCUGGGUGAGGAUUCAUGUGUUAGAGCGCAUGGAGGCAGCUGAUCAUAGAUAAGAGUGUUGUCAUGCAGGGGUAUCACUUAAAGCUUUCACUGUAAUUGGUGGCAGUUGGUGAUGAGCCACUUUGGGCAUUGAAAUGUCUCUUUGGGAGGUUGGUGGUGGCUGGGUUGGCUGUGUGUGCCAUAAGCAUUGCUGUGUUGGUGCAGGAGCCCGCUGGGAGCAGCGUUGUGCAAAUAAACCCUUUUUGCAUAUUCAAUACCACCUUGUUCAAACGAGAAACAAAACUGUUGUGCUGUUUGGGAUUCCUUCUCUCAGAAUAAAGUUCUAAUAAACCAACCCGGUGCAUCCA